AUGGCGGUGAAGGUAGCCAAGAAACGCGCUCCGAUUCGGAAGCGAGCCAGCGGCGCGGGGAUCGCGGGCGAUGGACUUAGCAGCGCGUUUGGCGAAAGCAGCACCACUCGGCUGCUGCUGUUGAUAGGAGGCGCCGCGUUUCUAGUGUGGAUUCUGAACCACAGGUCGUUUCUCAGAUCGUCUUCAUACCCGUCUGAAGAGUCGGUCCUUCACAGUCACAGAAGAAGAGGGGGGUCACGGGGGGCGGACCCGUGGGGUUCAGAUGACGGGAGAAUGCUUCAGAGCCGUGACUAUAACGGGAGAGGAGGGGCGUACGGUGGUAGAGGUGGCUACUAUGAAGGAUCAACAGUAGGGAAUUCGGUAGAUCAACGAUCAGGAGGUGCUGUAGCUGGGGGGUUUGGGGCAGCCGGAAUGGGAGGGGCUGGGGAGAUUGGGGGAGGGGAAAUGGGGGCAGGUGGCAAUCCCAGGUUACACCACGUGGACUCGCCAGGAGCGACAGCUGGCACGUUGGCACGGGGAGGAGAGGAUCGCUCGGAUGGAGAGCGGUUGGGGUUGGGCGGAAGGGGGGAAGGGGGCGGAAGGGGGGAAGGGGGUUCGGCAGCCCGGUGGGCACCAAUCAACGGCAGCUUCGUCCUCUCCUGGAUCCCUCCUUCCAAGGCUCGGCUCCAGACCAACAUCUCCCAACCGGAGCUCUACCCGGUCCUCUUAGACGUGAUUCGUUACAACGAAGAGGCGCAACUCACCGCCGCUAAAGCGGGUCUGGAGCCUCCCAAGGCGUCCAGAGGGCCGGCUUGCCCGGUGUUUGAGUUUGGGUUCGAGCGGUUCCCUGGGAUUGGGUCGUGCUGGGAGGCAGGGAUCGCGGAUGAGAAGCGGGCGGCCACGCGGCCUCCUGUGAACUGCAAGGGCGUGGACCCGACGUGUAUCCAGAAGAAUGAUUUGCUGCCGCAUAACAAGUGGUCCGCUCAGGUCCUAGUUCUGCGCAACGUGUACAUAAACGUGGUGGGCCAGGUGUUCAACUCCACCCAUCUCUUCGACCACAACGCGUGUGCGGGCAGUCCCAACAUCACCGUGACGCUGCCCUUCCGCUACACCGCCAACCGCACACGCGUCACCCACUUCAAAGAGCUCGUCUCCCUCGUCGACUGGUUCGCCUGGUCCACGCGCGCCAUGCUGCUCGACCUCAUACCGCUCUUCAUCUCUCUGCACCGCAUUCUGCCGGCUAUGAGGGGCGUACCAGUGGCGGUGGGGCACAGGCGGCCGCAUGUGAGGAACGGAUUGGAGCAGCUGUGCUCGCUGGGGGCGGUGGACGUGCUGGGCGUGCAGGUGGACAAAAUGAACGUGCACGUGGUGAAGUCGAAAGACCUGUUCUUUGCAGAGAAACUUGUCAUUCCACUGCACCAGCGGUGUGGGGAGCCCAGCCGCUCGCUUUGGCACUAUCUGCGAAUGAGACACCUGCUGCCGCCCGGGGGGCUGCCCAUCUUUAAUGCUGACGCAGGAUCUGAGGAUGAGGUGUGUUUUGAGUCGACUCAAAACAGGUGUGGUUUUGGGGUGACCAUGGUGGUGGAGUUGGGCGGGGUGAAGGUUUCAGAUUCAGGAUAUGAGGAUGAGGGGUGUUUGGCCUGUAAGGUUCAAGGGACCUGCCACCCCAGCCAACACACCAUGCGCCUAUGCUACCGGGAAGGCUCCAUCUCCCCCCCCCCUCAACCACGUGCUCUUCCCCGCCCCUCUCCUCUCCCCACCAGACUGGACGUCCAGGUUCAAGGGACCUGCCACCCCAGCCAACACACCAUGCGCCUAUGCUACCGGGAAGGCUCCAUCUCCCCCCCCCUCAACCACGUGCUCUUCCCCGCCCCUCUCCUCUCCCCACCAGACUGGACGUCCAGGUUCAAGGGACCUGCCAGUGCCACCCCGGCCUACACACCACGCGCAUACGCGCCCGGCAGCAACUGGGUGGUGCUGCUGGGGUGGAAGGAGCAGCGCGCAUCCCUCCUGCAGAGCCUCAAGCUACACGAGCACCUCACCCGCCUCUUCCCCCCCGAGCGAGUCGUCAUCUACCGGGAAGGCUCCAUCUCCCUCCCCCGCCGAAAAGACCUGCUCAACCGCGCGCUCCUCAUGGUAUCAGUGCACGAUAAUAUCCUCGCCGAUAUUGUCUUCAUGCCGCCCGGAUCCGCCGUGCUGGAGAUUCGCCCCGUGGAGAAUCCGGAUGUGAUUUUCCACCAGCUGGCGGAUAUCUGCGAGAUUGAGUAUUAUUUGGCGUUUUGUGAGGGGGGGAAGGCGGUGGGGAGUGCGGCGGGCGGGUGGGCAGGGAAGCCCGUGGAAGGGAAUUUGGGCGCCAAGGACCCCAAGGGGGUGCAGAAAAUGUUGACGGAUAUUUCCAGGAAGGUGUUUGCUCGAGCAAAUGCAAUGAGACGGAAAGGAGGGUAG